AUGGCUUCCCAGGGCGUCCCCUUCCAGGCGCUGGAGCUCUCGCCCGAGGAGGAGCAGAACUGUCGGGACCGCUCCUUCCUGCUGCUGGACCGGACGCUGCGCAGCUACGACGAGCGCGACGGCCAGGAGAACAUGGGUCGCCCCACGACGCCGCGGCACCACUCCGACCUGGACAGCAACCGCUGGAAGCAGCUCAAGACGCAGGCGAACGCGUCGCUCUACAUCGAGCGCAGCAACAGCGCGCACCGGGACGACAACCUCCUCGGCAGCGACUGGAAAAAACCCAUGGUGUUCCUCAUGGUCGGGACUAUCGAGGGCGAGCUGGACGAGGUCAUGCUCGGCGUGGAGACGCCCAUCAUCGCCAGUCUCCGAGACCGCAACGAGAUGCUGGCCAUGAAGCCCGUGGACUGCGCCGUCUUAGCGGAGCUCGCUGGCCCCACCGAGGCGGACCCAUUCCAGUACAUGGGCAUCCAGUGGAUGGCCUUCAAGCACGGCUGGCCGCUCAAAACCGUCUCGUCACCGCGAGACUUCGUGACGCUCGCGUCUAAGGGAACCAUGACGCGCGGCAACAGCGACCGCAUCGGGUACCAGGUGGUGCAGCCGGCCAACCUCCCGCAGUGUCCGCCACUGCCCGGGUCGAUGCGCACGCCGCUCAUGUACGCGGCCAUCUUCAGGCAGCAGGAGCCGGGCAUCGUCGACGUCUUCGUGCAGACGUACAUCGAGACGCAGAGCGCCCUGCUCAACAAAGUCGUGGUCUCGGCCACGUGGAAGUCCACGAUGGACCUGUGGGUGGCGCCGCAGCUCGCGGAGAUGAAGAAGCUGCAGUGGUGCAUCGCCAACUGCAAGGCGCAGCGGCGCCAGCUCCAACGACAGGCGUCUCCGUCGGCCAAAGACAACUGCAAGCUGUGUCUCGAGAAGCGCAAAAUGCGGGGAAGCGACGUGGACGACAAGACCGCAUGCGUGCUGUGCGUGUCGCCCACGUGCGCCAAGUGCCGCGUGGAGAAAACCCUCGAGGCGAUUGACGAACGCCGCCUCAAGCUCACAGACCACUCGGUCAUCGUGUGUAGAGCCUGCAUGGUGUUUGUGCGGCACAUGCGACCUGUGGACAUUGUCACGCAUACGCUAAAGCCUGCGUCAAGUUAG